AUGAUCGCGACAGGGGUCUGUGGCGUGGCGUUGGUGCUGGUCCUGGUGGUUCUCAUCCCGGUCAUGGUGAACACGGCCGGACCCCCCGCGCGCUAUGAGAUGCUGGGCUCGUGUCAAAUGGUCUGUGACUCUCACGGUACCGCCGCCACGGCAACGGCUAAAGCCACAAGUCCCAUUAAAGACAACCGCCUGGUCCAGUCGCUGCCCACAUUCAUUCAAGGUCCGCAGGGAGAGCCGGGGCGCGUGGGGAGGGUGGGUCCCAGAGGUCCGGUGGGUGAACCGGGUCCACCCGGACCCGCUGGACCGCCUGGAGAGAGAGGCGCGCCAGGACCACCAGGACCUCCUGGAGCUCCAGGGGCAAACGGGCCAACCGGUGCCAUAAGCGCAGCCACAUACAACACCGUCCCAAAGAUCGCCUUCUACGCCGGACUUAAAAAACAGCACGAGGGCUACGAGGUGCUUAAGUUCGACGACGUCGUCACAAAUUUGGGAAACCAUUACGACCCCGCCACCGGCAAAUUCACCUGCUCCAUACCCGGGAUUUACUUCUUUGUUUACCACGUGCUGAUGAGAGGAGGUGAUGGAACCAGCAUGUGGGCUGACCUCUGCAAGAACAACCAGGUGCGAGCAAGUGCCAUCGCCCAAGAUGCGGACCAAAACUACGACUAUGCCAGUAACAGUGUAGUCUUGCACCUAGAGCCUGGAGAUGAGAUUUACAUCAAACUGGACGGAGGCAAAGCGCACGGGGGCAACAACAACAAGUACAGCACUUUUUCAGGCUUCAUGCUGUACGCGGACUGAAAUGGGCGGGACGUUUGCUUUCAGUACCCACUUCAUUUGGAUUAUAAUGUAGGUGGGGUCAAAUCAUUAAAGAAAAAAAGGCCCAGAAAGAUAAGUUGACAUGCUGCAAAGAGAACUGUACUUACAGACUAUAUAGAUUUUAAUUUGCAAAAUGGCUUAUACUCAAGGACUGGAAUUAAUGUCUUAACUGUUGUCACUACAUGAAGUUAU